CGGCGCCCAUAUAACCAGGUUGCCAUCGCAUAGGGGAUCACCACGGUAUCCAUCCUGAAUCCCCGGCGGACGAUCUGAUCUGCCGUGAAGCCUGAGGCACCCCUGUUUAUUUUCCAAGGUAGCUGCCUAACGUGUCGUGUACGAAUACAGUAAUUGUUAAGGUAGUUCAGGUUGACUGUGCCUUUUUCUGUAGGUCCCGGCUGUCUUCUAAAUCUCCUUGGCGGCACACAACUUAUGCAAUGAAAGUACCCAAGCAUGACAACUCCUUUGUAUAGGCUGAUGCCUCUAAGCCCUCAUGUGCAGGCUCUACAACAAGAUGCAACGACAGAAGUUUUGACUCUCUUUCCCGUUGAGAAGAAAGAAGGGUUAUUGACUUAUGGUUUACCCAAGUCAUGUGGACUACUGUGUGAGGCUUUGUUACAAGAUCUGGAAGAGGAUCUCAAGUCGUGGGCUAGAGGGUUUGGAAUGGUCAUUAAAGAUCUCAAAAUGCCUGAAAUUAGCCCCCAGGCUUUUCGUCUCGAAAAAGGCAACACUUCGACAUUGCUAAAAGGGUAUACUGCAAUUGUCGUGGCCCUCGGAAACACAAAAUACGAUGUUGAGCUCGUUUCCAGAGACAAACGGUCUUCGCAGAAGGAGACAUGGGAACCAACAUCUGCCCUUCAUCUCCGGGAAACGGGGCUGAAAGCUCAAGGAGGACACAUAAGGUUCCUCUACAUCCCUCUCCACCUGGAACCCAUAUAGACUUUCCGACAAACGACAAGUUCUAUUUCAUGAUGUGUAUCAUAUCAUGUUCCAUAUCCGCGCUCGAAACGACACUCCAGGUGCUGUCUGGGCUGCCCGUCGACCUCGCCUUCGACUUCGUCUGUGACUUCGAUCUCGCCUUGGCCUUCGCACCGCCUGGCUCUAGAGCCUUUUCGAUCUGUUGUAGACUGCCGAUUGUGAGUCCAGGAAUCGACACAGGAGUGACGUGACACCGUCACCUACCUAACCUUCCCGUCACAGAGUUCAUAGACGAGACUUGGGAUUCGGAGUAACUCUGAGGGCAGUUUGUUGUUUGGACGAUGCGCAAAAGCAGACUCUCUGCGCAGUAUCGGGAAGCAUUCGACGGUAAAGUGCUGGCCAAAAGUAAAAUACGAGUUUACUAGUUUGUACGUUGUGAGAACAAAGACUCUUGUAUCAAAUAAAUCGAGCGGGAGCUCAAGACAGCCUACCUCUCAAUGGGAGCUCAUAUGCCCGCGGUCCCAGUACUUUAGCAAGUUCAUCGCCAAUCUGUACACACUUGGGCAGUGCAAAUCGCUUGGAUCUAAGAGUAUCACUGCCUCCAGUAACGCACUUAGCCAUGGCAUCCAUAACAUCGUUUAUGGUAAGGCCCUGAUCAUGAGCCACGUGACAGGCUGCGACCAUUACCAUGCAGUGAAGCUGAGUUUCUCGUCCCUCAAAGUCUUUGGAAGCAGCGGCAUAGGUCUCGAGUAGAGUGAGCCAGUCCAUGUCCCGACGCGACUCAACGUGAGAGAUGGUCAGACGAUCACGCAGACGGAGAAUGUCUUCUAGUGUCGAAGGUUUGUUGUUGUCCCAAUCCUCAUCCCCUUGAGGUAACUUCGACAUCCACGCCUUAACCCAUUUUAUCUGAUCAUUCAGACCCCUUCUUCGGACGGGCUUCUGGGGGACUGGCUUUCCGGGUUCUUCUUUGAUAAAUUCGGCGGUAAAACUUGGCGACUGUGAAGAACUCAUGAUGAACGGAUCCGCUAGAAUUCUUCUAGAUCCAGGAACCCGGAUAAUGGAGCAUCCAUGAAUAUCAUGAAGAACCGCAGGUUGGGUUCCCCAAUGUGUCAGACAGCGGACUGGUUGGCCUAUAUGGGGGGCUUCCAGCGGGCAGCCGAUUGUGCCGCCGAAUUUUUGACUUGAGCUCAAGGAAGAUUGCGUCCGCCAGGAUUCUCAUCUGUCGGGUGCAUUUGAGCCACACCUCGCCUUACUUCACGCCCUGGUGCUGCUGCUCCUCGGAGGUGGGAGAGUGGGAGAGUGGGAGAGUGUCGGGUUCAUCGGCAGGCAUCAGGAGCACAAGAAAGAAAAGCUGGGUCUGUCUCUGUAUUUUGCAGGGUCCGUUAACAAAGAAACCGAAGCCAUUGUGUCAUUCCCACUGGAGAGGUGACAGUGGCGUCUGGUCAUAGGUCAUUAAUGGGGUGCACCCAGACAAACCGAAUCGUCCAAUGCCACGUCCUUCUCUUCAGCCUUGCAAGAGCUUUCCAACUCUGGACAGCUUCGGAUGAGGGCCAGUUAUGUUAUUAAUGUGAAUGUGAUUCUGAUUUGCAUA